UAACAAAUCCCCCCAUCCCCUCCUCUUCGAUUAAUGAAUCUUCUCCUAAAACCCUCUCUCUUUCUCUCUCUACCUUCCCUUCGUUCCCUCUCGCUUUCUCUCUCCUAACGUUUUCGAGGGGGCUCCUCCUUCCUCUGACAAGCUGCCGAGCUCUUGAUUGCCGCUGUCAGGGUUUCGCACAGCCUCUUCAACUGAAGUCCAUCUGCUGCUGCUCGCUGAUCGCCGAGCAUCGGUUUUCCGCCGUUUCCUCCUCCAAUUGCUCCGACGCCCCGCUGCUCGGUUCAAGGAAUCCGGGGUUGAUCUGCUCAGAUUGGGCGGCAUUUCCGCAGUGGCAGAGAGUAUUUGAGGCAUUCGCGCUUUUUUAUUUCUCUGGCAAUGCUCUUCCUUGGACGUUAAAUGAUUGGUUGCAAUGGACCUAAAUGCAUUGCCCGAGGAAGAGGAAGAAACUUAUGAUCGGCAUGUUCAAGAAUAUGCUGCUCCAGGGGAUCACAUAGAGUCUGCUGUUGAUAUUGCUAAUCGGGAACGUGAUGAAAGACGCAAAAGACUGAAGAAAGAACGUGCCGAGGAAAGACCAACUAAUAUGGUGCAGCGAGCUGAUCAGUUUUAUCAAACGAAACACUUUAGAUCUUACGAUAAAUCGAAGCUUCCGUCUGGUUGGUUAGAUUGCCCAGCAUUUGGUCAAGAGAUAGACUGCUUCAUUCCUUCUAAGGUUCCACUCGGUGAAUCCUUUAAUGACUGUAUUCCUCCUGGGAAAAGAUACUCGUUCAAGCAAGUGAUUCAUCAACAGAGAGUUAUGGGAAGAAAACUUGGUCUGGUGAUUGAUUUGACCAAUACCACUCGCUACUACUCAGCAUUAGAUCUAAAGAAAGAGGGUAUUAAGCAUGUUAAGAUUGCAUGCGUUGGCAGGGAUGCUGUUCCAAGUAAUGCUCAAGUAAAUGAGUUUGUUUAUGAGGUCUCUCAGUUUCUUUCUCGUCAUAAACAAACCAAGAAACACAUACUUGUUCACUGUACACAUGGGCAUAACCGUACAGGAUAUAUGAUCAUUCAUUAUCUUAUGCGUUCCACAUCAAUGUCUGUCACCCAGGCUAUCAAAAAAUUUGCGGAUGCACGUCCUCCUGGAAUCUACAAACCAGACUACAUCGAUGCAUUAUAUACCUUUUAUCAUGAAAAGAAGCCUGAAAUGAUCUGUCCCUCUACUCCUGAGUGGAAGCGGUCAUCCGAUCUUGACCUCAACGGUGAAGCGAUGCCUGAUGAGGACGAUGAUGGAAAUCUUACAGCUCCGAUUCUUGAUAACCGCGAGACUGAGGCACGAAUGACAAAUGAUGAUGUCUUGGGAGAUGACAUACCAGUGGAACAGGCUGAUGAAUUUCGCAGAUUCUGCUACCAAACCCUUAAGUUGAAUGCUCGGCCAAGGGGAGGAAUGCAAUUUCCAGGGUCACACCCAGUUUCUCUUAGCAGGGAAAAUUUACAGCUGCUGAGGCAGCGGUAUUAUUAUGCUACUUGGAAAGCUGAUGGAACGCGAUACAUGAUGCUAAUAACUGUUGAUGGGUGCUAUCUGAUUGAUCGGAGUUUUAAUUUCAGGAGGGUUCAGAUGAGAUUUCCUUGCAGAACAAGUGAUGGUAUAGGUGAGAAGACUCACCAUUAUACUUUACUUGAUGGUGAGAUGAUAAUCGAUACAAUGCCGGAUUCACAGAAGCAGGAGAGAAGAUACCUCAUCUAUGACCUCAUAGCACUCAAUCAUGUCUCCCUCGUAGAGCACCCUUUUCAUGAACGAUGGAAAAUGAUAGAGAAAGAAGUUGUUGAACCUCGAAAUGCUGAGCGACAUAACAUUUAUCAGAGCAGGAAUCCUUAUUACAGAUACGACCUUGAACCUUUCAAGGUGAGGAGAAAGGAUUUCUGGUUGCUCUCCACUGUGACCAAGGUGUUAAAGGAAUUCAUUCCAAAACUUUCACAUGAUGCUGAUGGUCUCAUCUUUCAGGGCUGGGAUGAUCCAUAUGUUCCUCGGACACACGAGGGCCUUUUGAAAUGGAAGUAUCCCGAAAUGAACUCGGUGGAUUUUCUGUUUGAGGUUGUUUUCUUUCACCUAGCAUUACUUUCAAUCUCUUCUGGAGUCUGGAUAUCUCUUCAGCUGCUCACAGACUGCCUCCUUAAACAGGUUGAUGAUGAUGGAUAUGAGAAGUUGUUUAUUAAUGAGCGUGGGAGGAAGAAAGAGAUGGAUGGACAGAGGGUUGUGUUUGCAGCUGGGUUGGAUCCUUCUACAUACUCUGGGAAGAUUAUAGAGUGCUCUUGGGACUCUGAUGAACAUGUAUGGGUCUGCAUGCGGACAAGGGUGGACAAAAAUACUCCAAACGAAAUAAACACUUACCGGAAGGUGAUGCGGAGCAUAAAGGACAACAUCACGGAGGAUGUGUUGCUGAGCGAGAUCAAUGAGAUCAUUUGCCUCCCGAUGUACGCUGAUAGGAUAAAGAGUGAGAUGAACUUAGCUCGGCGUCGGUAAAACUCUUGGCAGCGAUAGGCGAUGCACUUUCCGACUUGGGUUCUAUAGGAGGAGGAAAGAGCUGGGAUGGGAUGGUGUCCUCAGAUUGGGCAGUGGCAGAUCAAAGUAUAUACUGAUAGUAAGGUUAGAUGGAAGGUUACUCUGCUAAAAGAUUUGGGCUGCCUAAGCAGGCGAACAUCGAGAAAGGGCUCCGCUUCUCUAGGCUUUUCAUUGGCUUGCAGCCGUAAUGUCCUGUUGUUGUCGUGGUCGGUGAUAGUGAAUCGUCUGAUCGAGUUAAGUAGAUGCCUGUAUAAUCAGGUGUGACUGAAGGGCUGGAAUUAAUCUUUUGGUUUUUCCCUCUUACAGCUGCUGUUAAGAUAGAUAGAGUCAGGAUAUUAGUAGGGUCACAACCGUUUGUAUGUCAGUAUCGAUUUAUUCUCUUUUAUUUCUGUGUAGCAAUUGUUAGUUUUGUUUUGAAUGAUUAGCCAAUUUUAAGGACCAAUAUUAGAUAUUAGAUUUGGUGAGCUUCCUUUCA